GCUCCUCCCCCGGCCCCGCCUCCCCGGCCUCGCGCCGCCCGCCAGUCCGCCGGUCUCUGCAGGACCGUCUGUCUGUCCGCUCGCUCGUCCGUCCGCUGCCCGGGUCCCGCUAGCCCGAGUGCGCGAGUCGAUUCAUCGGUUCCGGCCGCCACAAACCCCGUCUCCUGCCCCCGGGACGCCCGCCUCUGCUACGCGAGGCCGCGGAUUGGCAGGGUGCGUAGGCCGCGCCGCGGCGGAUGGAGCCGGAAUAAAGAGGCAGCCGAGAAAGCAGCUGGUCUCUGCUCGCCCCGCGCCUGUCCCCACGGGCGGCCUGGAGCAGAACCGAUUACUGGGGAAGGCAGAGCCUUCUCGGCAUUGCUGGGACCCUGUCUCGAAGAGCCCCCUGACCUGUAAACACUGCCUUGUAGGCUGUCUUGGCUAAUGACAAGGGCUGUCUGACCAGUCCUCCUCUGUGCCUUGUGUGAGGUUCUUGUCCGUCCCUGAGACCGGUAGCUUCUCUCUCAGAGUUGGGUUCACCUUAAGCGGGAAACUGAAGCCAUUACUGUCCAAACCCAGUUUCAUCUUCCCAAGCAUGUCGGAAAGCUGGCAGCAGCCACCACAGACGCAGCCGCAGCAGCCACAGCCACCACAGCCUCAGCACCAUGCAGAGCCACCACCAGCCCUGGCCGAACACACGCUGCCCCCAGGCACGGCUGAGAACCCACUAGGCUGUGCUGUGUAUGGCAUACUUCUGCAACCUGACCCAGGCCUGCAGCCUCCACAGCAUGCACCCCUGCAAGCGGGGGAGCCAGGCCCCAAGUGUGGUGUGUGUGGCCAUGACCUGGCACACCUCUCCAGCCCACAUGAGCACCAGUGUCUGGCAGGCCAUGACCGCUCAUUUCAGUGCACACAGUGUCUCAAGAUAUUCCAUCAGGCCACCGACCUGCUGGAACACCAGUGUGUGCAGGCAGAGCAGAAGCCUUUUGUCUGCGGCGUCUGCAAAAUGGGCUUCUCGCUGCUCACCUCGCUGGCCCAACACCACAGCUCCCACACUGGCAUGAUGAAGUGCUCCAUCUGCGAUAAGACCUACAAGCCAGCUGAGGCUGCUGAACCAGCCACCACCACUGCCCCAUCGCUGCCCCCGGCACCUCCACCCACCAAUGUUGCCCCUGCAGAGCAACCCGAAAAGCCCUAUAGCUGCACCAUCUGCCAGAAGCCCUUCAAGCACCUGUCUGAGCUGUCACGGCACGAGCGGAUCCACACUGGAGAGAAGCCGUACAAGUGCACCCUGUGUGACAAGAGCUUCAGCCAGUCCUCACACCUGGUGCACCACAAGCGCACACACAGCUCCGAGCGGCCCUACAAGUGCGCCGUCUGUGAGAAGACCUUCAAGCACCGCUCCCACCUGGUGCGCCACAUGUACGCACAUUCGGGCGAGCACCACCUGUUCCGCUGCAACGUGUGCGAGCUGCAUUUCAAGGAGUCGUCGGAGCUGUUGCAGCACCCUUGCACCCCGAGCGGCGAGCGGCCUUUUCGCUGCGGUGAGUGCCAGAAGGCCUUCAAGAGGCCCUCAGACCUGCGGCAGCACGAGCGCACGCACAGUGCGGAGCGGCCCUUCAAGUGCGACCUGUGCCCCAUGGGCUUCAAGCAGCAGUAUGCUCUCAUGCGGCACCGGCGCACGCACAAGACGGAAGAACCCUUCAAGUGCGGCCUGUGUGAGAAGGGCUUCGGGCAGCCCAGCCACCUGCUCUACCACCAGCACGUGCACACCCUGGAGACUCUCUUCAAGUGCCCCGUGUGCCAGAAGGGCUUCGACCAGUCUGCUGAGCUGCUGCGGCACAAGUGCCUGCCGAGCUCCACAGAGCGGCCCUUCAAAUGCCCAGUGUGUAGCAAGGCCUACAAGCGUGCGUCUGCCCUGCAGAAGCACCAGCUGUCGCACUGCGCUGCUGCGGAGAAGCCUCUGCGCUGCACCCUGUGUGAGCGCCGCUUUUUCUCCUCCUCGGAGUUCGUGCAGCACCGCUGCGACCCAGCCCGGGAAAAACCACUCAAGUGCCCGGACUGUGAGAAGCGCUUCAAGUACGCGUCAGACCUGCAGCGUCACCGGAGGGUGCACACGGGUGAGAAGCCCUACAAGUGCCCCAACUGUGAUAAAGCUUUCAAGCAGCGCGAGCAUCUCAACAAGCACCAGGGCGUGCACGCCCGCGAGCAGCAGUUCAAGUGUGUGUGGUGUGGCGAACGCUUCCUGGAUGUGGCCCUGCUCCAGGAGCACAGUGCCCAGCACAGCGCUGCUGCUGCAGCUGCAGAGGGCGCCUACCAGGUGGCCGCCUGCCUGCCCUAAGGCCUUGGGGCCACCACGUGUCCUGUCUAGUCUCGCCUGCUCUGCUGCAUGGCAGCAAACCUGUCAAACAGCUCCUUCCUCAGGAGUGAGGACCAAAGGGUUCUGGGCAGGUAGAGGGUGUGCAUGUUCAGUACUCCUAACACUGGCCAGGCCAUUGGAGGAGCCAGACUACUGUGGCCAGACCAGGUUCCCUUAACCUCUUCCCCAUGACAGGACUGGCUUUCUGAGAGCCUGCGGCCCCCCUUAUCUAUAGAGAACUUGAAUCCCACCUGUAGUGAGGUGCCUCUCUGCCCCAGGCAUGAGGGUUGCCAACCCAGCCUUUCCAAAUUGUUCAGCCUAGUUAGAAGCCAGGUGGCUUGGGAAUAAGGAAGUAGAGUUUCUUAUCAAUUUGCUUUCUUUUGGGGGGGGUGCAAAGUCCAGGUUUGUUGCAGUUCUGGGGACUUAAGAGUGUAGACCAUGAGCUACAGUCCUCUGUCUGCCCAGCUAGGAUGAAUGUGCCCCAGCCCCAAGUUUCUGAUAGUUGAGCUAUGUAGGAUAGGAGUCUUUGGGCAGGGUGUGUUUGGAACCUAGGGGCCCAGUCAGGGUGGGGGAAGCAGAAACAUUCCAUGACACACUCAGGUCAGCCAAUGCUGUCCACAGGGAAGGGACAAAUGGCCUGUGUGCUGAGGGCGAUCCUGUGUCUGUGGAAGCCCCCUCCUGCCUGUGCGUGGUUCUGAGCUUCAGGGGAGUGAGUGCACCCUUAGCAGAGCUGCUGUUGUAGAGGGGGAGGGCUGUUGCCUUGCCUCAGCCUGGGGUGGGCAGGAAGGAAGACGAAGCCCAUGAUUUCCCCAGCAGUUAUUAACAGGUCCCCUCUUCCCAAAUUGUGUGAACCAAAGUGUCUGGGCUUCAGCUUGUCCUAGCUCUGCCUGAGGGCCAGAUGGAAUUCUGGGUACCCAGGGUGAGGAAUGGCUUCUCACCCCAUAGAGCACUUGUAGCUCAUGAGUACCAUGAGCCAUCAAUCUGGCUGUGGGCUUGGGCCCUAAGGAUCUUCUGUUGCCAAAACAACCCACUCUCCUUUGAGUCCCAGAGUCCCCUUAGGUCUUCGGCUACUGUAGCAACAUGGGGGCACAAGGAUAAAGGAAAGGAGCCUAGUAGGCAGCAUUCUUAGCAGGUACACGAUCAGCCACCACCACUGGACUGUCAGAGCCACCUCAGGAGCCUGGAAGACCUUUGUUAUCAGAGUCAUCAUUCUGAACCCAGCCCUGCCCGUGCCCUCCCCAACCCACCCCCCAAUCCAUGACUCUUGAAAGACUGACCAGCAUCCAAGCCAAGGGCCAGAUGGGUAGGAGGACACCACCUCACCUGUCAUCUCUAAGUCCAGCUGGCCACAUGCGCCUGCUCUGUCUGCCCAGGUUCUCUCCUGUGGCCACAGACAGGUCAGCACUCCUCCCGGGCUGACUCUUGGUUACAAAGCCUCAAAAGACUGGAACUCAGGCUUACAAUAGUCCAGUCCUACCUGCUAAUUUUUUCCUUUCAUUUUGCAUUCUAAAAGCAGUUUGUUAUACUAUUCAUAACAUUGUAUAGCUUAAUUUCAUGUCAUUUUGGAUCAUAUAUAAAUAUGAGUUGGAAUUUUAAAAGAAUGACUCCAUUUAGGCGGCCACUGUUGAUGUUACUAUACAGUGAGUUUGAUGUGUGCUCUAGAAGUAAAGCCAUUGACUGGUGCAGCCCACAGCUCUUCACCUUGUUCUUUCCAGAGGGAAUGAUGGGAGGGCAGAGGCUGAGAGUUACACAGACCAAAGUGGCAGGUUGGGGCUAGACUUGAAUCCUGAGCUUUGGGGCUUCUGGCUGUGUGACCUUGGACUGGUCACUUAACUUCUCUGGGACACAGUUGCCUCAUCUGUCAAAAACAAAAAACCAGAUUGGGAGGCUGACUUGCCUCGAUGUUGUGAGAAUUACAUGGAGUCAUUGUUGAGACUCUUGGAGGUGAAGCUAUGGACAAGCUGACAGCUACCGCCCCACCUGACUUGAAGGUUUAGCCAUCGCCCUUGAGGAGGGAGCUAGACCAGAGACCAGCAGCUCAUGAAAGGCCAGAAAAUGUGCUCAGGUGCUCCCUGAGCAAUGGUGGACCCAACCAGCCCACUAGCCACUCCUACCAUUUGGUCUGCCCUACAGCGGCCCAUUGGUAGGCCAAGCACAGUGCCUUUACCUCCUCAGUCCUUGCACACAUUCCUCCUGUACUCCAUUGUUGCCUACAGCAGUCUGUGCUUUCCAUCUCUCAAAGGCCAGAGUGGGCAUGGAGAGAGGGAGAAAUAGCCCUUAACCUGGCAUCUGACAGCCAACGUAAGAGAAGAAAAUUCAAAGGAUGUGAAGCUAUCCAUACUACAAGUGUUCCUAAGACCCAGACUCCAUGCUUCUCCCAUCCCCCAUAUGACCCUGAGAAGCCAGGAGGUUCCUUCCUACAGGCUUCUGCCAGUCAGCAGCUAACAGCAAGGGGCCUUUGUGUCUCUGCCAGGUUCAAGGCCCAGCUUAUUUUCUACUGUGGCCUGAAUAAAGCUUCUUGGUGGGCAGGAUAGACCUGAAGAUUCCUUUGUCCAGACCAUUUGGAGGUCCAGGGAUUGUUUAAGCCACACAGUGGUAAGUGGCCUGGAGUUCCACCUGCACACAGGUGGAAGACAGGCAGUGUGGCCAGGACAUCUCUGACACCCAGUCUGGCCAGGGGACCAAGGCAACAAAAUGCUCUCCUUGUCCCCAGCUGGUGUUCAACUCCUGGACAGAUCCAAACUACUGUUGUCCGCCUUCCCAUGCAGGCAGAGUUGUAGGUCCUUAUAGGGUCUGCUCUCCCUCCAGAGUAGACCGCCAGCCCAUCCUGGGCUACUCACCUGUGGUAGUCCACCCAGGGCCUCCCAGCCAGACUGAUGGUGAUGUCUGCAUCCCAUCCUCAAGCAAGCCGUUUGUUCCUGAGAGGUCACACCUCCAGGAAGAGCCCAAUCUCCAGAGGUUUCAGGAGUAUCUUGUAAGCAGUCUGGUGGGGAGGCACCCCACCCCACCCUGGCUCUGCAUUCCUGUUUCCUCCAUGAUCAUAACUGAAGAAUGUGAGAUGAGCGAGUUUAAAGGCUUUCGUGAAUCACUAAGUAGAGUAGGGACAGAGGGAGAAGGCCCAACUAGUGCAGUACCUGCUGCUCACGCAUGAGGAUUUGAGCAUGGAUACCCAACACCUACCUGGUUGUAACCUUAGGUUGGGAACAUAGGUGGAGGAAUGACAGGACAUACGGACAUUCCUGGAGCUCCUACCGGUCCAUGUAGCCAUUUGGUUACAGUGAGAGACCCUGCCUCAAAAAAUGAGGUGGGGAGUGAUUGAAGACACUGAUGUUGACCUCUAGUCUCCACAUGCGAACACACACAGAGUAAAAAUGGCCACUGACAUCUGGGACUGUAAUUUUCACCACACCCCAUCUCAACUUGAGCCUUAUUUCUGAGCCUGCCCUGCUGCCAGCCCCAGACCCUGAGCUAUGACGCAUGUUCCCCAUGUUGCUCUGUAAUAAACACUACUGUUACUUUA